CAAGAAUCCUACGGUAGGGAUGCAAUCGUAUGAGUGCAGGCUGCUUUCUCACCCCGCCUGGACGCCUCCAAAUAUGCGUAGUCAACAUGGAGUUACACCAGUGGCUCCAACUUCUCACUUAGUGCUCAGCCCUACUCAGGCAGCAGCUUUCACAGCCCAGUGGCUCAAACAUAUAAGGCGCUGAAAGGAUGUAAUCUGCCGAAUGCAUGUUGCGUGUUGGCACAACUUGUUUGGUCUUCCAACCCAGACAUUGUUUUAUUGGUCGUCCUAUUUGUAGACUAAGAGCCGCAGCCAUGGCUCCAUCAAUCCUACCCGAGGGCUUUCUUUCAGGCCCAGCGCCCAACCUGACCCGUACAGACAUCGACCUGAAGAAAAGCGGCAUCCUCACUGCGUACGAAAACCUCUGGGCUGUGGUCCUCGACGGGGUACUGUCAGAAGAAGAGUGUGAUGUGCUCAUUGCUGCAGCCGAGUCAACGACCGAUGGCAAGUGGGAGCGUGCGCUAGUCAACAUUGGAGGUGGUAUGCAGGCCAUGUACGAAGACACAAGGAAAUGCGGACGCAUCAUAUGGGACGACCGAGAUGUAGUGGCGCAGCUUUGGGCAAGGAUCGAGGGUGCAGUGCCCGAGAUUCAUGAGCUGAAGAACUGGCCGAGUGUCACAGGCAAUGGGCCUGCAAAGAGGAAUGAGUCGUGGAAGCUGACAAGGCUGAAUGAGCGUAUGAGGUUUUUGAAGUACGUGGGCGGAGAGUACUUUAAAGCGCACUGUGACGGUACGUACGAGACGCCAGAUGGCAAGGAGCGGUCGUACUUCACGCUACAUCUGUAUCUCAGCGACACAGACGACAGCAGAGGCCAGGAGCCGCUCAAAGGUGGCGCCACCACAUUCCACUCGUAUGAUAUGCAGAAGCGUGUCGAUGUCCUACCCAAGUAUGGCCGCGUGCUCUUGUUCCAGCACCGCUUCCUCCUCCACUCCGGCGACGACGUUAUCAACGGGACGAAGUACACCAUGCGAACGGAUAUAAUGUUCGCAAAGGAAGCGGCGGAGGAAGCGGACUUUAAGCACCACCGUGACGACUUGUGAGACACAGAGUCGAAGGCCUGUCGUAAGACUUCAUUUAGGCACUGGGCAUAAGGCAAUGGAGUAUGUGUCUUUCGUUAGUAGUAUCCCGGGAACAGCGGGAGGGGGG